ACUUGAAUGCUUUAAAAUUUUUUUUUUUGUAGGAUAAAGGGAAUGAGAAAGUGAAUGUAAUGCGCGAGCUGCGCAUUCGCAAACUGUGUCUCAACAUCUGUGUUGGCGAGAGUGGUGACAGGCUGACUAGAGCUGCUAAAGUGUUGGAACAACUCACUGGACAAACCCCUGUAUUUUCUAAAGCCCGUUACACAGUCAGAUCUUUCGGUAUCCGCAGAAAUGAAAAGAUCGCUGUUCAUUGCACAGUUCGUGGUGCAAAAGCAGAAGAAAUCUUGGAGAAGGGACUCAAGGUUCGUGAAUAUGAGUUGAGAAAAGGAAACUUCUCUCAGACUGGUAACUUUGGUUUUGGCAUCCAAGAACACAUUGAUUUGGGUAUCAAAUAUGAUCCAAGCAUUGGUAUCUACGGUAUGGACUUCUACGUUGUACUUGGACGACCAGGAUUCAAUGUGCGACAUCGCAAGAAGAAGAGGGGUCGCGUCGGACCAAAGCACAAUGUAUCUAAAGACGAAUCAAUGAAAUGGUUUCAACAGAAGUAUGAUGGUAUUCUGCUUCCGGGCAAGUAAUUUCUGACCGACUGCAGUACGUACAUUUCUCAUCGCUUCACCAGUCUCCAUCUCCUCCGCCAAGUGUAACAGCCAUCUACAAGGAUACUACAGCUUUCAUUUUUAACAUACAAAAAAGUAUGUAGUGUAAAUUAUACAAAAUAAUAAAUUCCAGAAAUAAAAAGAGAUUAAAUGGA